AUGGCUAGUCUUGGUAUACCCUCCGAACGGCUCUUCGCAACCUGGAGAUGGGGUAAUUUUGGCAAGAAGUUUUUUACUUUCAACUGCGUUUAUGAGUACAACAACAUUCUUUUUGAUACAUUGGUAUCCUCGGAGGCUCCUUCUGCGUAUGGUGCAGCAACAUCCCUUGAACGCCAGCUUCUCUCGAGGCUUCAAGGAUGUUCCGAGUGCGAUGGCGACGAAGAAAAGGAUAGAAAGUUGUUGGAUGAAGUAUGCAGCCGUACUUGUGAAAAAAUCAAAGAACUUGUUUUGACGGUGGGCACGUCUAAGAUGGAGACUAUUACCCGAAACAUGGAUUCACCAGCCGAUAGGAAACUUUUGCCUUCGUGGAUGCACCCAAAAACAGUCAAUUUGCAACUACUUACAAAAGAAGGACAACUGGUAGUCAUCGAACGAGAAGACCUUCCCAUCCACGACAAGCACGAGCCUUUCACAGAUUCAGAGAUCAUGAACAUGAAGCUACCCCGCCACAAAGUCUCGGAUCUCGAAGUCGUUGAUGGUCUGUUGUAUAGAUCUGUAUACAAAGUGAACAUCGAUGGCCAAACACUUAUCGCAAAACUCGCCAAAAAGGGGAAAGGGUUGAUCAUGGUAGAAGAGAUCAAAAAGCUUACAGAGAUUAAAAGUCAAAAGUCAGCUGGUAGUUCAAUAACAAGAGUGGCUGAGCUCAAAGGCCUGAUAUGCAGUCCAGAUGGUAUUGUCGGGAUUCUGCUUACCUACAUACCUUCAAUUGGCGACGACCUCGGAGGGAUGAUUCAACGUUCGGAGGAAAUCAGGGACAGGGAUAUGGAAGGUUCUACUGGGUCACUACCACUCGUCAUCAGCCAGACCAGGAAAGAUAAAUGGGUCAAACAGAUUACGGAAACCGUCCAGGAGCUACACGCACGCAACAUUAUCUGGGGAGGCGUCAGCCUUCGAAAUGUUCUCAUUCAUGAGACAACAGACGAUGCUUGGGUAAUCGAUUUCAGUAAUGGACAUCCAGAUGCUCCCUAUGAAGGCUGGGUCGAUGUUUCUUUACGUGGCACCAAAGCUGGAGAUCUUCAUGGACUUCAACAUAUAGCAACCGAGCUGGCUGGUAAUGGGAUGGAAGAUGGAGUUCUCAAGUCGACGGAAACUCCAGGACUAUCCAAGCUCUAG